AUGAAGCGAUUUUCUUACAAACCCCUCGACCCUCUCGUAGACGGAAUUCGACUUCUGCAUUUAUUGCCUGGUAAUUGUACCCAGCAACCUCGUUGCUUUCUCAAGCAUGCAAUAUUCGGGGAACGACCGAAGUACAACGCUGUUUCCUAUACCUGGGGUAAUGAAGCUGAUCAACAACCCAUUGUUAUUGAUGAUCGAUAUUUUCUUGUAACGGAAAAUCUGUACAAGGCCCUUAUAUGCUUGCAGCAGCAAAGUGUCACAGAACACGUUCUCUGGGUCGAUGCUAUAUGUAUAAAUCAGGACGACGUUGCGGAGCGGAAUCGUCAAUUGACUAUCAUGCCUUAUAUUUAUGAGCGCGCAAUGCUUGUGGUAAUUUGGUUAAAAAACGACGAGCUUAUAUCACCGCCGGUUUGGCCAGACCCAAAGAAGAUAUCGCCGUUUGAAUUAUCAGGGCAUACUCAACAAUAUAAAGAUCAACGAUCAUUAUUCAACUACUUAAUGAUCUUAUGCUCAAAUGAAUAUUGGAAGCGCCUUUGGAUUAUCCAAGAGAUUGGAAAGGCCAGAAAACUCAUCAUUUUCUUUGGACAAGAACUAAUAAACUGGCAACGAUUUGUGGAAACCAUCACUCUCAACUGGCCAUAUCCUGCAUGGAUCACGCAGGAAAUAAUUGAAGAAAACGCAUUGUCUCAGACGGUUCCAUGGAAUCUAUAUUAUCAAUUACGAAACAAAUACGAUGGUGGUCAUAGGCUGCAAAACCUUUUGGAAAAUCAUCGUCAAGCUUUGUGUAAAGAGCCGAGAGAUAAAGUAUAUGGGUUGGUUGGUUUGGCUACGGACUGCUAUGCUGGAUUCCCUAUGGAUUAUCGAAAAACCCUCUACGAAGUCUGGAAGGAUACAGUACUUUUUAGGAAUUCCGAUACUCGAGUUCAUCAAAGUGAUAUUUUGAAGUUUGGAAAAUUAGUUCGGGACUCUCUUGGCGGCCCUAACAUCACAACAAUGAAAGAAAUUGCGGAUGAUAUCUUUUUGAAAAUACCUCAGAAAUCAAAUCUUGAACGAUAUAUCGGAGUUAGCAACCCUACAGUGUUGAAAGUUCCGGCUCGUUUGGUGGGACGUAUCGUACAUUUGGGACCUUCGUAUGUACAAAUAAUGACUGAACUUUCGAAGACUGCAGACUGGAGAUUGAGUAUUCAGAAUCAUUUACCGGAUAAGAUUCAGCCCAGCGUUCAGGAAGAAAGUGAUCUCUUCUUAGAAAUGCUAGAAGACUUAGAUGAGACUGGUCUCAAAAUCGUGUCGACAUGUGGUUCUGAUGUUUCCUGGCUUUGUGAACGCUUUCCAGGAGAGAAUUCCGACCCGCUCGAUAGACUCACUAAGCGAGAUGUAGGAGGUGAGCCUCUGUUGCGCAACUCGUCUUUUCAUCUACCUCCAAGAAGGUCUGAACCUCUUCCCCCGUCGCCAGUAAAGGGAGCACGUUUAUUCCUCUUGGACAGAUUUGUCGGAAACUUUCCGGUAUCGAAUGAUGCGCCUGCAAAUAUGGGUCUUGGACCGUCAGCAGCUCGUGUAGGCGACUACUUGUGUGAGAUUAAUGGAAUCAAAAAAGCCGCAGUCAUAAGGAGAACGAAAGCUAAAUUAAACUUAAUCGGAACUGCUGGCUUAGCACAAAAACCACAAGAUGCACGAAAAAGUAAAAAUUCUACACUCGAAGAAACCUCUUCCCCAUUUGGCCUGCCAAGCUUCAACAAUUUGACGUCGGACCAAACGGUAGAUUUGUACAUUUAUGUACCGUUGGCAUACCAGCUCUUGGAUUAG